CGCGUCCUCACCGAGCUGAUCCGGCUCGACAAUCUGAAAGUUGCCCAUCGCUUUCAACCGCUCCUACCGCGCAGCAUCCGGGCACAACACAACAAAUUCAUCCCGCGCGCCAUCCCCAACGCGUACUUACCCCUACCCGCACCCCUACCGACGUCUGCCUUCAGGCGCCCCCCGAUCCCAUCCCCUUUCCUCCAAGCAACGCCACGGAGCACUACCAUCCCGGCUGACUGGCAACCCAACCCUGGUUGGACCCCGAAGGGAAGCUGCAGGCGAUGCGGAUCGUCUCGACACUGGGUACGGGACUGUCCGGACGUACGAUGCGCAGGAUGCGGAAAAGAAGCCCCUGGACACCUGGAGCAAGAGUGCGGAACCAGGCCGAUGAAGCGACACGUAUCCGCACCACCUGAAGAACCUGCGCGACGCGUGGGGGUGGUCGUCGACAACGUGUUCCUCGAAGGAAUCAUCAACGAGGCGAAGGAGAGGAAGCAGAAAGAAAGGCAGACGAAAGCGGUACCUAUUUCUCCACCGCGCAGCGCUAACCCCGAACCCCCCGCCAAUCCCGUCGCGGGACCUUCGCGCCCCCACCCCGAUACACCCGUCGUCUUUCGCAAAGUCGAUCCUGACUGGACACCGGACACCACUCAAUGGACGUGGGACAGCUCCUGGCCGCAUCAGAAGCACCUCUCUGGCGAGGAAUGGAUGAACGUGGGGAGAAACGCGCGCAAGGAGUGGUUUGACGAAGAGGAGGACGACGGCGUAGAUUGGGAAUUGUAUGGAGAUGGUGAGCACUUACAUAAUGGGGUCCGUGCGCACUUCGUGCCUGGUAUCGUACCACUACGUUUCUUUCUUCACUAA